GCGCCAGGACCAGGAGCCACCCCCACAUCCUGCACCGGACACCUCCGCGCCACUCAGUAGUCAGUCCCCACGCCAGAGCGACAGGAGGAUUCUGGCACCAUGGCCAUCUCCACCGCCUGCAGCAUCCGCCUCCACGCCGCCCCUCCCGCUCGCGGCCGCGGCAGCGUCGUCGCCUCCGCCGUGCGGUUCGACAGGCGCUCGGCCGUCCUGCUCCUGCUGUCCGCGGCUGCGACAGCUCCUCCGGCGAACGCUGCGGGCAUCGGGUUCUUCGGCAUCCGCAAGAAGCUGGAGCGGGCGGAGGAGGCAGCGGCAGAGGCCGUGCGGGAGGCGGAGGAGGCAGCGGUGGAGGCCGCGGCGGUCGGAGGGGAGGCAGUGAAGGAUGCGGUGGUAGAGGCGGAGAAGGAGGCGGUCGAGGUUGCAGGCGAGGGCCUGCAGCUGGUGGCCGGCGCGGAGCUCGCCGGGGACGGUCUGGUGCAGGCCGCGGUGGUCGCCGGCGCCGAGGCGCUCGGGGUUGUCGUGGGCCUGUCCGUGGUCAAUGGCAUCCUCAAGCCCGAAGCUUGAGAAUGUGAGUGUUGGGCCUUGUAGUUUAGGCCCAAGGAAGUAUUUGGGCCCAGUGUUGCAUUUGCUGACGAUUUUAUGAUACGAAAUUGCCACACCUAUUCCUGCAUUCCCCUUCUUCAAAUAAUAAGGCUUCCAGAUGUUGGAGCGGCUCAAA